GCCGAAAAAUAUCAACUUUCAGUUACAGAAUUAAACACAAUUACAUAAGUAUAGCUAGUAAAUAAUCAGUUAAUCAAUUUAUAAAAAACUAAAAUUUACGAUAAAUGCCAAGUAUCACUUGAAUUGUAGAACUAAUUAGAAUGUAGUUACAAAAUAAUCUCAAUGUGGCGAUAAUACAGCAAUAUAUAUCUAGUGAAUUCAUCAAAAAAUAGACAUUAUCAAGAAUAAAUUCGAAUUAAACUUUACUAUACCAUUAACAAGACUAAUAAUUGAAAAAUGAAUAACAUACCUGACAACACUAAAUAUGAAUGUACUAAAAAACAUCAAAUUUGAUUAUGUCAAUCUUAAAAUCACAUCUUAAAUAAAAAACAAAUUUUAGAUACCAAACUAUCUUGAACUUAGAACUAUUAGAACUACUGUCGAUACCAAAAGUAAACUUCAUAUAUUAUUGGUUUAUACAGGAUUUUUAUGUAUUUAUAGGAAGUUUGUAGAUGGAAAAAUGCACAGAGUGCACACAAUAUGUAAAAUGUAAAAUGUAAAAUAUCCAAAGUAUAGGCCUGUCAAACAGCUUUUUAUCCAGGUUCCAUUUUAUUUCAUUUCACUCAUUAAAAUAUGAAUUUGCACAAAUACCACACUAAUAAUCGCAAUAAACACAGAUAUGUCUGCAAAGUCUAGUGUAUCGAGAAGGAGUAGAACGACUUAUACUGUAGUCGGCUUGUCAAGGGUUAAGGGUGAGAGUAGUAGCGAGAUAAAGAUGGAAAAUCUGUAGAGGUUCCUAGUGACUUUUCAUGGGAAAGUAUUGUCCUGCCUGGGGGGAUUUGGCGGUUGCCCCAAGAUGGCGGACUCGGUUGGCGUGCGACAAGCACGAGCUGAAAAGUGCCGAGAGCACGAUUCGUUCGUGAUUCUGUGUUAAAUCGGUAUCGUGAGUUUCAUUCGUGGAUAGCACGAGGAUCGUUGACGAAGAGGACACGCUCGAAUAACGUAGCCAAGUGUAUGCCGUGGUCGUAAGGAGGCACGAAAUGAUUCCACCAGAAAUAAAAUCCAUUCGUAACCCACUUGGAAACCCGUGGAACGGUGUGAACCUGUGCUAGCUAUCGUUGCAACUUUCUCAAACUCUGGCCCAUCUAUAGGGGAGCUGCGUUUCUUCUUCUGCUAACUUGUACAGUCGCAAACGAAUGAGUCAAAAAGUAACAGAAGAUUAAAAAAAAAAAAAAAGAAGAAAAAGAAGGAGGAUAUACGUGUACAUAUAGAUCUAUAUCUCAUUUAAGAAAAAAAAAAAAAGAUAAGUAUCAAAGAUCGUAUCAAGACCAAAGAUAAAGCCGAAGAGAGAAAGAUUGAGAGAGAGAAGAAGAAGGAGAAGAAAGAAAGAGGAAAAGGGAAAUAAUCGAAGAAGAGGUGUUCUUAAGAAGCUUCCAAAAGAAAAGACAGCAUAGAACGUCGUAUAUAUAUAACGUUCUGGAUAUUAUUGAAAAUAAGAAUUUAAUUAAGAAUUAUUGUAUUUUGAACGAAGAAGAAAUAAAAGAGAAGAAGAAAGUAGACGCGUCAAGAUGAGUACAAUAAGUGGCAGUCAGACUACGUCCGUAAAGGAAUUCUACAGGGAUAGAAGCAUCUUCGUGACUGGCGUUACUGGAUUUAUGGGCAAAGUCCUUGUCGAGAAACUGCUCAGAUCUUGUCCAAUAAAGAACAUUUAUGUCUUGAUAAGAAAUAAAAAGGGGCAAGACGCACACCAGAGGUUGCGGGCACUGUUGAAUGGACCGCUGUUCGAUAAACUACGUCGAGACGCACCGAAUGAGCUUCUGAAGGUAAUCGCCGUGCCUGGAGACAUCACGGAACACGAACUGGGUAUUUCAGAAUCUGAUCAGAACGUUCUAAUAAGAAACGUGUCAGUCGUCUUUCAUUCUGCCGCUACUGUGAAGUUUGAUGAGGCUCUCAAGAUUUCGGUUACUAUUAACAUGGUCGGCACUAAACAACUAUUGAAUCUGUGUCACCGUAUGCAAAAUUUAGAGGCGCUGAUCCAUGUUUCAACGGCAUAUUGCAACUGUGACCGUAAGGACAUCGCUGAAGAAAUCUAUCCUCUUAUAGCGGAACCAGAACAAAUAUUCGCUUUGACGAAGGUGAUGGAUGACAAGAUGGUUGACGAUAUAACACCAAUUUUGAUCGGCAAUCGACCGAAUACCUAUACAUUUACCAAAGCCCUAGCGGAAAGAAUGUUGGAAGCAGAAUCUGAUUAUUUACCGAUUUCAAUUGUGAGACCCACUAUAGUUCUAUCAUCGUUUAGAGAACCGGUUGCCGGAUGGUUAGAUAAUUGGAACGGACCGACUGGUCUUAUUGCCGCAGCUGGCAAAGGUUUCUUCAGAACUAUGCUUUGCCGGGGAGAAAUGGUAGCUGAUAUAGUGCCGGUCGACAUAGUGAUCAAUUUGAUGAUCGUCGCGGCAUGGAAGACCGCGACGAAUCGCACGAAGACGAUUCCCAUAUACAAUUGCUGCACAGGCCAACAGAACCCAAUCACCUGGAGGAAGUUCGUUGAACUGUCAUUCAAGUACAGCCGAAUGCACCCAUACAACGAUGUGAUUUGGUACCCAGGUGGCAGGUGCCACAAUUCCGCUAUAGUGAACAAAAUAUGCAUGCUCAUCCAGCACAUUGUACCGGCGCACAUUUUAGACUUUACUCUUCGACUGAAGGGCAAGACGGCCAAUAUGGUCACAUUACAAUCGAAACUUGAAAAAGCUACCAAAUACUUGGAGUACUUUACUACGCAACAAUGGAUAUUCAAAGAUGAUAAUGUUCGAGAAUUAAACGAAGAGCUUAGUCUCGAGGACCGCCAGACAUUUACAUUCGACGUUAGACAAAUUGACUGGGCUUCAUACUUGGAACACUAUAUUUUGGGAAUUCGGCACUUCCUCCUCAAGGAGAACCCGGACACACUGCCAGCUGCUCGUGUACACCUUAAGAAAUUAUACUGGAUUCACAAAGCUGUGCAAUUCGGGGUGCUAUUAGUACUGCUGCGUUUUCUGUUGUUUCGAAGUACCGUGACCCAAAACGCAUGUUAUUCAUUGGUGUCUCUGGUGUUACGUGUGUGCCGUAUAAUUGUUUGACGGCUCAGAACGCUGGUUGAGGAUCGCGAAAAGCGUUAUAACAAACAACAACCACUAAUCGUACAGAAGCAUAAUCUAAUGGUGCGAGUUGUUCUCCGACUUCAUUGCUCGCCGUUUCCAACGAGCAAUCGCUAUGUUCAAACAUCCCAUCGGUUGGCCUUUUCGAUGUUUCUAUUUGUUCAUAAUUAAAUUAGCGUUCGCUAGAGAUAUCAAUUCCACAGAGAGGUGCAGUUACGAAACUGGUCCAAAAAAAAAAAAAAAAAAAAAAGGAAAAAACACACACACACGGAUGAUAAGACGUACAUUCGAAGCUUUCGAAGUUAUAUAUAAAAGUCACUUUGUUAUAACUCCUAAAACUGAACAGAAAGAGUGUAACCACCCUUGAGUAAAUACGUCGUCUUUUUGUUCAACGGUAGAAAAGGGAAAAGAAAGUUCAAAUAUUUACGACCAUACGUUUUUAUCUGUGUCGUGUAUUUUUCAUGACGCCGUCUCAAAAAGGAGUUCCGUUCUUGAAUAUCGAUAUUUCGCAUAUCGUUGAUCCGUGGUGACGAGACACUUGAAAUAUUCGAACAAGUUUGUUGCUGAAAGAUUUAAUUCUUGAUACUUUUUAUCGGUCUGUUACAUUUAAAUCAUACUACACGAUAGUUAUAUCGUAAAGUGCGAUUUUGAAAUUAUACGACGUGAGAACUCCGUGAGCCGGCAGCUCGAAUACUGUUCGAAAUUAUUCGACAUUUGCCAUAAAACCUUGUGAUUUCAUUGGUAUUUCGUUAAAUAUGUUUCUUUUUACGGGAUCUCUCUUUACAUCACUAUAUCUUGGUGAUCAGAAAUAAAAGAUGCGUAAGAAAGGACAAAUUAUUUGUAUUUUUACAUUUUGAAAAGUAAUCAGUAUCGUGUAUAAUGUGUCUUUUAUUGGUUGACUAUUUAAUUUAAGUAAUCGAUUCAAUCUUCCAGUGAAUUUUUGUGAUCUUUUAAGCAAUAAGAUUCUAUCGUGUAUUGCGUUAUAGAGGACACGUCCUGCUUCAUUUCUUUUUUGCCAAAACGGAGAAAAAGAUUUGAGAGAAAAGAAAGGAGGAAAGAGAAACAGAUUUAACAUUAAUCGUAGAAAAUAAAUCGAAGCGAUUAGAUUAUUAUUAUGCGAGUAUGUAUUUUACAACAUUGCCAAACGAUUUUAACGCCCGCUAAAUUUCUUCCUUUUUCAUAAUUUUUACGAUGUGUAGAAGUAGUGAAAAAUUCCUUCCUGUAAAAGAUCGUUUAAUCCUUUCAGAAGCAGGGAUUUUUUUAGACGCCCAACCAUUUCCUUAGAGUGAACUUUUUCACGAUUUAAUGUAAUAAGCUGUAAUACAGUAAAACUAUAUGUAUAGUACGAAAGCUGGGAGGAUUGAACGUUCAAAAUUUAGCAUCGAAUCCUUUCGAGUCUGCGUGGUACAUGAUUUUUCUUUUUUCUUGGAAUUACAAAAUAAGUUCUACUACUUUGUUAACGAAGAACAAAGCAUAGACUCGAAAUGGUCGAAAUGAUCGAAAAGGAACAUUUUUAAUGCCAGUUGGAGGAGUUACAAAUUCGUCGUGCCUUUGUGUCGUCGCGAUCUGGCAUUUUGUUCGUUCAUUUGUACUGCGACGUAAGAUUCAUAGAUGGAUAUUUGGUAAUGAUUUUACGUCGAAGCACACGCUCGGUUCCAUCAUUCGGUUUCACCAUCAACGAACCAAGUUACUGUUUCCAAACCGAUCACACCAGAUAUUUGGGUGGUCGUGUAUAAUUACUAUUUCUGUAUAAAAAAAAAGAACUAUUCGUAUGCGUUUAAUUAUUGUUGUUAUUUUAAUUGGAUUAUUUGUAAAAACAAAAAAGGGAGACAUUUAAUGGAAAAUGCGCUUGUUAUAGCUUUGUUUGAUAUAUUUAAGUUAGCUCGAAUUUAUCGAGUACAUUUACUUGUUUUCUUGUAAUUAAACAAAUAGAUGAAAUUUGGGAUA